AUGGCCACCGUGACUACACAAGCUUCCGCCGCUGUUUUCCGGCCAUGUGCUUCUAAGUCGAGGUUUCUUACCGGCUCUUCUGGUAAACUGAACAGGGAAGUGGCUUUUAGGCCAAUGGGGUGUCCUCCUUCUACUUCUUUCAAGGUAGAAGCUAAGAAAGGAGAGUGGUUACCUGGCUUGGCCUCCCCAAAUUACCUCAAUGGCAGUCUUCCUGGUGACAAUGGGUUUGAUCCUCUGGCACUAGCUAAAGACCCAGAGAACUUGAAGUGGUUUGUUCAAGCAGAGCUUGUGAACGGACGAUGGGCCAUGUUGGGUGUUGCAGGGAUGUUGCUUCCUGAGGUACUCACCAACAUUGGACUCAUCAAUGUCCCCAAAUGGUAUGAUGCUGGGAAAGCAGAGUACUUUGCUUCAUCCUCAACCCUCUUUGUGAUUGAGUAUAUAUAUAUAUAUAUUAAAACACCAAAGUACAUAAAUCAGUUACAGGAAGAUAUAUGUAAACUGUUAGGAAGCUAUUUCCCUAACAGUGGAAUGCAAGUGAACAGAAGAGGAAUGGGUACCAAUUCUGACAAGAGCUAUGCUCCUAAUAGGAAGCUCAAAGUGUAA